AUGGGCUUCUUUACGCCGAUGUCCUGCGCACUUCUGUUGGCAGUGUCAGCAUGUCUCGUGGUGGUGGCUCCUGUGGACGCGCAGCGGUCGGUGCCUGUCAGCAACACUGUGCAGUUCGCGGCCGCGCUGCAGAAUGCUGGAGUGUCGGAGAUCAUCCUUGAUCCAACAAACACCGGAGGUGGUGGAGGGACCUUGACCCUGGAGGGGAGCGCUUGGCUGGAGGUCACGUACCCCAUACAGACUGGCAGAGAUCUCACCAUCCGCUCUGUGAACGGCAACCCCACGAUGCUGGACCUGGGGAACAUACCCGCCAUCCUUAACAUACAGUCGGGUGCCUCGCUGGAGCUGCGAGAUCUGCUGGUGAAGAACGUGGCCCGGCAGAAAGACCUGCAGGACUACCAGCGCACGGCAAACGACAGCCUUACUGCGAUUUAUGGCAUGCUGACGUGGCCGUCGUUCUACGCACAGCCGGGCGCGAAUCUGCGCAUCUACAACACCACGCAAUAUUUUUGGUCUUACACGCUCUUCCGCCGUGGCGACUGCAACUUUGCGCUUACAACCCCUGCGCCCCAGCAGCAACAGGUUUUGGUCAAUCGAGGCCAGCAGACGUACAGGACGGUGGAAUCAGGGUACACACAGCUGGCGGAGACUGGUCUGUACCGCGCGGUGUACCCAGUUUAUGACUUCGACAACCAGACCUAUUUGGGGGGAGUGAACGUGAGCUCAGAGAACUCGCUCGGCUACUGCGUGCCGACAAACAGCUCAGCGAAUGAAGUCAUCGCCGGCCUCGCGCGCGCAUCAGCGACGCGCGACAGCGGCCACGCCAGCAACCACGUGACGGCGAUAGCGGCCGGCUCGGCCGUCGGCGCCGCCGUGCUGCUGCUCAUCUUGAUGGCCGUUGCAAUCAGCGUCUUCGUGCGUCGGCGGCGGCGCGAGCGGCUGGCCGGCAGCGCUGAGCUGGCCUCCUUCCGGUCCCUGCAGUCGGGCAUGUCUCCGGCGCAGAGUGAUUCGCUGUUCCGCUCGGCCGGAACGAAUGAGCCACUGGAGACGCACCUGCUGCACCACGGGCGGCUGCGCCGGCUGGGGCCCCUGGACGAGGAACAGGUGGAAGUAGGUCCGCUGCUUGGCCGGGGGAGCUUUGGGCGCGUCUACAAAGGGCGAUGGCGCAGCACGCUGGUGGCCAUUAAGGUGGUGGAGCAUGCAUCUGUGUCGAAUGACACGAUAACGGUGGCAGAGCAGAAGAUUGAGCGUGAAGCGCUUCUGGCGACGAGCCUGGCGCACCCAAACAUCAUCGCCACGUUCAAGAUCUGCCGCAUGAGCGCGGGGUCUGCGCUUGGCACCAACAAGUCCGGCAUGUCCACCUUUGGCGGCGCGCGCACCAGCGGCGCGGCCGCCGCGCAGCGGCGAGCAUCCAGCCAGGACGCUGGCCCGAGCGGGGCCGAGAGCGCGCUCGGCCUCUACGGCGGCCGGGUCUCGCGCGAUGCCGGCAGCGGUGGCUCCGGCCGCGGGUCCUCCCGCGGUGGCUCUUCCAGCAGCAACGGCGGCGGCCGACGGCCGGCCGGCGGCCGCGGCGACUUCCCGAUCACCGGCAUCCCCGCCGGCGAGACGCUGUCCGCUGGCAAUAGCGACAACGCAGGCGCGAGGCAGCCCCCCAGCAGCAUCCGCGGCCCGCAGGGCAGCAUCGGCAUGGCCGGCAGCGCGGAGUCGUUUGACCCGUCCACGGCGGUCAUCGUGGACAUGCCCGGCUCGUCACCGCCCAACACUGCCCCCGGCAAGGGCUCGGACUCCGCGCAGAACAACGGCGGCAAGCGGCCGCAGCAGCAGGGGAGCCAGGAGGAUGACCUGGAGCUCAUGCCCGAGGAAAAGGAGAAUGAGGACGAUGAUGACAACAUCGAGGAACGGAGAUCGAGGCUGCUGGAGACGUGGUGCCUGAUGGAGUAUGCGGAGAAGGGCUCGCUUGCAGACGCGCUCAGAGUGGGCAGGUUCAAUCGGCCCAAUGGGCUGCCCGAUAUUUCCACAGUCCUCAGCUGCCUCACUGACGUCGCCUCUGGAAUGGAGUAUCUUCAUGCAGCGGGUAUUCUGCAUGGAGACCUGAAGCCAGCCAAUGUGCUGCUGAAGUCCACCUCAGCGGACCGGCGGGGUUUCAUCUGCAAGCUGUGCGAUUUUGGCAUGAGCCGGCUCAUGGAUGCCUCGCAGGCCACCCAUGUGUCCACCCAGACUUACGGGACGAUGCCCUACAUGCCUCCAGAGCUUCUGGCGCACUCGCAGCUGACGCCGCAGGCUGAUGUGUACAGCUUUGGCAUGGUCAUGUGGGAGCUCUACACAGGCCAGAUGCCCUUCGCAAACUUUACGGUGGGGCAGGUGUUCUUCGCGGUGGUGCACGACCGCCUACGGCCGCCGCUGGAGUUUUUCCGGGACGCCAUGGCCAAGAACGAGAUGGAGCGGCCCAUUCUGGAGGUCUACAUGGCGCUCUUGGAGCGCUGCUGGUCGGAGGCCGCGGCUGACCGGCCAAAAUUCCCGGAGAUCCUCAAGGAUCUCGCCGGCAUGCGCGCGCAGCUCACGCAGCUGCGCCUCGCCGCUGGCGCGGGGCCGGCUCCGGGCAGCGGCAGCCGCGCCGCGGCUGCCAUCCGCUCGCCGUUCGCGGCGCCGGGCUCGCCGCCGGCCACGCCUUCGGUUGGCGCGUCGCCGACGACGGCCGCGCGGCCGCCGCAACCGCCGCAACCGCAGCAGCCGCCGCUGCUGGCUGUGCAACUGUCCGAGCCGGCGCCGGCCGCUGCGGGCGAUGGCCUCAGUCUGCUCCGGUCGCCGUCCUUCGAGGCGCAGCAGGCGGCUAAGCAGCAGGCGGGGAGCCCGACUGCCCGGCCGGAGCUGCCCGUCAGGCAGGAGGCGUCGCCGCCUGCAGCGCCGCAGCAAUAGCGGGCUAGUGCACGGUAUGGGAAUGUGCUCUGUUGCUACAGCAUGCACGAUGCAGGACCGCAGGACCAUGCGUCAGAGAGUUUUGUGGCGCCUGCCGGUUCAUGUUGGUCAGGCUCAAAGGACUGAGCUCUGUUCGUGCUCUUGGGAUUGAGAGGUUCUCAGUACUACUGGCAUAAUCUGCUGGCUCUUCUGUGGACGGGUCAACAUGGGUCUCUCGUUUGGCUACUAGGUGCUGAGACAUGCUUGACCGUUUUCCAGAAUCUUUUGUUUGACACUCCACGUCCUGGUGAUGAUGUCGAAGUUGGUAGGAAGCAUGCUUCGACGCUGUGUCAACACUUGCGAGGACCAUAUCUGACGGAGCUGCUUGCCAAUGGCUGGCACCACCCGAUAUUUUGUCGUAGUGCUUUGUUUUACAACACACAGAUACGCGGUCUUGAAGCUCUGCUGAGCUGCUUGGCCU